AUGAGGGGAACCAGUGAAUAUUCUAGAUAUGAAACUCAUCUGGCAUUCUUUAUGGCCGGAUUGAGCUGUAUGAUUAUCAACUCUGUGGUGGAUUUGGAAUCGUAUGUGUUUCUACGAUUCCUAGGUACCACAAGUUACGAUUCGCAAACGAUUUCCUUCUUUUUAAGAAGAUUUAAUCUAGUUAUCGGAAUCGUGGUCUGCGCAGUUUCAAUAAAAUAUGGAUCUAGUGUAGUAUGCUCAGAUUGGCAUUGGCUGUUGUUUAUCCUGUAUUUCUUAGUUUCUAUAUACAUUUACAUGUUGUCUAACAACUUUAUUCUGGUGGGCAAAUUCGCAUUGAUUCCAGUCUUCUGCAUAUCGCUGGUUUCUAACGGGCUUAUGAUAGCAACAAUUAAAUAUAUUUUCGAAGGCUCCUAUAAUAAAUAUGACGAUAAUAAUACACUAAGCCUGCUCAUAUUCCUCUGCGGAUCUUUCACCUCAGGUCUACUUGUUAAACUCAUAUUACAACUGAGCGGUGACUUGAAAAUAUCCGAAGAUGAGAACUAUCCUGGUUUGAAGUUGUUUAAUAGGUUAUUUGUGGUGUUUGCUGUAAUCACACUGAUAACAUCAUUUUUGAUAUCUAGAUUACCAUAUAGCCCAGAAGAUGAAAUCUCUGCAGCUAAGUUCACUAACCGAUCCAUUAGGAAUGUAUUAUACUCUAAAAGUCGUUGGGUAUUCAUUAUGGGUUCACUGAGUUGGUCGUUUUCACCCAUUCUUAACAAUCUUACAUUGUCAGUUAUUAAUGAUUUAAAUUCACUUGAGGCACUCAACCUCGAACACAUUCAAUUUUUAACAUCGCUUAUUUUUACUUUUGCUUCUUACAUUUUAAUUUUAGUCAAGAUUAUAAAUUUACACAAGAAAAGCGGAUUGCCGUACACCUUUUAUGAUUUGAUUUGUAAAAUUUUAAAAAUUACACACGAGUCAAAUCCUGAUGUGGUUUUAGAUAAGGGAAUGGCUGAGGAUCUGAUGUCUAAUAAUGCCAUUAACAUUCGGUUAUUUAGAGGUAUGCAGCCAUGGUGUUAUUUACAGCAUGGGUUUUGGAUUCCUUGGGAGGUUUAUGACUGCGUUGACAGUGCCCGGUUAAUGAAUGUUACCUCAGUGAAGAUGAAAAUAUCCAGGAUUAGAGGUGGUACUGAUUUUUCAAAUGUAGACGAUGAUUGUUUGGACCAUAAGACCCUUCAGGACGAAUAUUUGGAGAUUGUGGAUGCGAAACAUUUGUUAAUGUGGGAAAUAACAUGUGUAAUCAAUCAGUGUAAUGAAGUGUUGUGCCUGAUUCCUGAUAUUUUUCAUUGUUGUGAAGCAACACCUGGUACCAAUUGUGGUUGUGGACCAGCAACAUCAGGUUCUUCUACAUGUCCGUGUUCUGCAACAUCAACCCAACCUAGUAGUAAAAAAUCUAAUUGUUGUUUAAACUGUUUGAAAAAUUGCUGUUCCAAGGAAAAUCAGAAAAAAUGUGGUUGCUUUAGUCCAUGUCUUGAUAAAUGUUUUACUGAUGAAGAAUGUAAAUUUAUUGAAAAUUGUGACGCCUGUGAUAUGUCUAAAUAUCAUCAUUAUAGAACAUUUGUUUAUGGCAUUUUGGUCACUUGUUCUCACGAAGCAAAACAGUUGUUGCAAGAGAUCUCCACUUCUCCCGAUUUAGAAGACAAUUUGAUUGUUUCCAGAACUAAUGAAGUUUCAUUAUCCAUUCUGGAAAAGUACGUGAUUGAAUUGUUAUCUAUUCUGGUGUAUGUAAGGAUAGCAGAUGAAUUUUUAUUGAUAUUUGAGCUUAUGCGGAAAAUAGCAGUAGACUUAACUAAAGCAGUUAUAUGUUUUUUAUGCAAAUGUAAAUGUCCCGAACCCUGUGAGGUAGAAGAAAAAAAAGAAGGAAAAGACAAAAAAGAAUGCAAAUGUGUAUGCACAUUGUACUAUAAAUUUAUUAAAUGUGUCUGUAAGUUACAUCAAAGGCAAAAUGAAGUGUGUAAAAUUAUUUUGGGGAAGAGCAAAGAAUCCCUUGCAGCCGAACUUCCAACUCUUUCAAUGACUAGAGCAGUUGGAUUAUUUGCCAGUUACUUUGGACCUUUUAUGUGUUCUCCGUUCCUGUGUGAACAAUCAACAUGUAAGUGUAAUGGUAAAACAGAGCAAAAAAGUGAGGAUUGUAAAUGCUGUAGGUAUAGUACUCGAAUUAAUGAUUUACUUGAUAUGAUGUUGAAAGGCCUACAAUAUUUGUCAGAAUAUGAUGGAGUUCUUUCAAUUAUAAUAUUCCAUCUAGCUUAUUUCAGAGAAUUUAAGCUUGAAGAAGUUGGUUCUAAUACUACCACUACUACCGAAUGUACGUGUUGUUGUAAAAAAACUGAUAAAAAUCCGUGUACUUGUACUACUCCGACCCCUCCUAACGGUUGCAAGUGUUGUAUAUGUUGUUUGUGUUGUCCAUCGGAUUCUGGCGGUUGUAGUUGUCCGGCUGUUGGCACUUCUGGUAAAAAGUGUUGCAUAUGCUGUAUAUGUUGUGAAGCUUGUCAAGCUAAAAAUGGGAAAUGUGAUUGUUGUGAUGCAACUAAGCAGAAUGGUCAGUGUUGUGUUUGUUGUGAUAAAUGUGCUCAAGAAUGUACUAGUAAGUGUGCUUGUUGUACUAAGGAGUGCUCUGGAAAUUGUUGUAUGUGUUGUUUAAUAUGUAAAAAGAAGGAAAAUGACAGAGUUGAUCUUCUUAAGCUCUGUGAGAACAGUAAGAAGAAUUUGGAACUUAUCACAUGUACAAGAAGAUGUAUGGUAGUGCAAUCGUUGAUGGACUACAUGAAUAAGUCUAACCUGUUUAGAGAUACAAUGAAGAACUUGAAUAGCACGUCUAUAGGGCUAACACUAAUUUCACUGUAUUUUAUAUCGAGUUUGUUGCUAUACUCAUUUUGUGUUGUGGGAAAUCAUAUAUCGUAUGUGAGGAACGUGCCAAAUAUAAGGAAAUUGAAGUACACAAUCCCAUUCUUCUCGAUUAUCACAGUUCUGACAAUCAUUCACUCGUUUGUGUACUUGUCGGAUUUUGGAAGAGACUCGUCAUUGAUAAUAAAUUUAAUGAUACUCAUAAGCAUGAUAAUUUCAACGUUGUGCUCGUGGAUCACGCAGUGGCUGACAUAUCGCAUUCUUUUAUAUAACCAAUUUGAAGGAUUUUAUACUAAGUUCAGAUUAAUAUACACAGGAGUUCUAACCAUAUAUCAGCCGAGUUUCAGUUGGUGGUCAGAAGGGUUUAUCAGCUUCAUAAAAACGGAUUUUUAUACAAUGUAUAUUUUAAUAACACUGAAGAAUUUCUUUGAGUACUAUGACCCGUUCUCAUUUGGAUUCACAUCGAAGCUAAACGUAAAUUACACAAUGCUGCAGUCUCACGAGUACAUGAACAUCCAGCCCUCAGCAGGACACCUGAUAACUACGGAGGAGUUUGUGAAGAAAGUGGAGAGUGUUCUGCUAGACAAGAGUAAGUUUGGAUCCCAGUAUCACUUGAAGGACUUGCUGAAUUAUAGAGCGUUUCAGCACAUUCCAAAGGAUAGUUUUGGCUUUCUGACUGAUUUGAAUGACUUCGAGAAGGUGGAAUACUCAGUUGACAUGCUGUACGAAUCGUGGUGUAGAGGUACGAGGAUGACCCACGAAGUGGACCGCCUGCAGACUCUUAGAGAACAGGCACUGAAGAUAGUGGAGACUUUUGUACAGGAAGAAGUUAAAAGGAGUAACUAUGACCGAGAAUCAAUUAGAAAGUUGAAGCAAUUCUUUGACUUUCAGACUCUUGUUUUAUCAACUUUGGCCGAAAGGUGUUUGAAUGAUUCAGUUAACAUAGGACAUAAACUGUCAUGUAUAGACUCAAGCAUCUUGAUUACAGUUUACGAGUUAGAAUACAGGAAGAAAUGGGAAACCUACUUUAGCAAGAUUCAAAGUACUAUUGAUGAGGUAAUAGAAGACAUAGACCAACAAGUCUACGUUCCUUACGAGAAAAAAAAAUUAACGAACCUUUGUGAUGCGUGGAAAAUAGAAAAGAUGGCCCAUUGUAUGGAUAACUACGGGAGCCUCAUAUGUAAGGCUGCAGUGGAUACUGCGAAGGAUGAAUUCGAGUUGUUCUUGCUAGACUCAAAUAACCACGACCCUGUUCAGUCCCUUAUUGACUUAAUUUCAUCUUCGGAACAAAGUGAUUCGGUUUCAAACGAAAUUAAAUUAUCAAGGUAUCUCUCACGCGUUAGUAAAACUGGUGAUAUUUCUGAGUUGAACAAGAUUAAGUCUGAGAUAUCUAAUUUGAUUUUGAGUAACGCUAGUUCGAAUAAAUAUUUGGGUUCUCUUUUAGAGGGAUACAUAUCCGUUUGUAAAUCCAUAUACAAUGAGUCUAACAUCUACAGCUAUGUUAACAGAAACAAUGAGAUUAUCAUUGGCGAAUGGAUUAGGUGGCAAGGUCAGCAUAUAACCUACGAAGUCAUACAACUUUUAUCCAAAUUCUACACCAUCCAAUCUUUAAGAUGAAUUUUAAUGUUAUCGACACUAA